AUGAAAAUGAAUCCUAUUUCUCUCUUUGUUCUGAUACUUCUUGUUCAAUUGCAGCUCUCCGUAGUUGUGUUGGGUAAUAAUGUGCCUCCAAAACCUGCAACUAAUAAGGCUAAGAGAGCACCAAAGACGUCACCUCCAGAAGCCAACUUGUCCUCCGAUUAUUAUCAAGCAACAUGUCCAAACCUUGAAGCCAUCAUCCAUCGAAAAGUUCAAGCUUGGGUUAACAGAGAUAAGACUUUGGCCCCUAGCCUCAUUCGCUUGCAUUUCCACGACUGUGUUGUCAGGGGCUGUGAUGCUUCGAUUCUGCUAAACUAUAGAGGCAGCGAGAGGAGAACCAAGGCCAGCAAGACUCUAAGAGGUUACAAAGUGAUCAAUGAUAUCAAAUCAGAAGUUGAGAGACAGUGCCCCAAAACUGUUUCAUGUGCAGACAUUCUCACAGCAGUCGCUAGAGAUGCCACGCUUCUAGCUGGAGGUCCAUUCUGGGAAGUCCCAUUUGGACGAAAAGAUGGAAGAAUCUCCAUAAAUAGAGAAGCCAAUCGUCUGGUUCCUCAAGGAAAUGAAAACAUCACAACUUUGAUUAAUCUGUUCGAAAGCAAAGGAUUAAACAUCCUUGACUUGGUUGUACUCUCGGGCUCUCACACCAUUGGUAGAAGCUCUUGCUCUCCAAUCCACUCUAGGCUCUACAACUUCAAUGGAACUCAAGGAGCUUCUGACCCUUCACUUGACAGAAAAUAUUUAAGAAUUCUGAAACAAAAAUGUGGACCAUCCAGCUAUUAUAAUACUCUAGUUGAUCUUGAUGCCACAACGCCAAGGACUUUUGACAUAAAGUACUACGAGAAUUUGCAGAAGAAGAUGGGAUUGUUAUCGACUGAUCAAUCUUUGUAUUCAGAUGAAAGAAGUUCAAGUUUUGUUGAUACAUUGGUUUCUCAGCCAUCACUUUUCUCUAUUCAAUUUGCAGCAUCAAUGGUGAAACUUGGAAAUGUGGGAGUCUUGACUCGACCCCAUGAAGGUGAAAUUCGACUCCAUUGCGAUUAUGUCAAUCCUUAA